AUGGUAGGGAGUGUGGUGCCGACUGGGCCAGGCCAUAUCCAGGCUGGAGAUGGCAACAGAUGGGGGCUGGCCUCAUCUCUGCUCGGGGCUCACAAUGACAUUCAUGACCUCGGAACCACUCCUCAAGAAGAUAUGGGUGGCCAAGCCAGCUUUGAUGGGGUCAACAUAUACAUCGGCUCAUCAGCAGGCACCAUCAACCAUGGCCUGUUUGUAUGGUCAGGGGGCUCAGUGUUGUUGGGAAUAUCAGAGAAGUGGAUUGGCGCGAAAUCACAGAAUGGUCACCUCACAGCUCAACAUCAUCAGAAGGCUGUGGAUGCUAAUGACCUCAACUUAUCCAAUGCUGUGGCUGUUGAAACACGUAAUAGCGACACAGUGGCAGCUUUGGCAAUGCAUUAUGCAACUUUACCUUCGCUAGACUUGCUGACACCACAUCCAUUGGAAAACAACCAAGGGAACGAAGAUGUGUAUCACAAGCUGCUGAGCACCCUCACUGAUGAUGCUAGUGUGGAAUUCUCAGCAGGCACGUAUGAUGUCCCCAACGUAGGGUUGCUGAAACUUCAGCAGCAGUUGACGGAGUUUGGUCUAUGGGAUGAAGAGCUUCUAGCUCGAGAAUUAGGGUUUGGGGUCACUGAAAAGCCACCCAAACUCAUUCGUUCAGAUGAGGACGAGACUUUGACCAAUGUCAUGCAGGAAAUGAAUGUCAAUGGAGAAUUCAGUGCUGAAAAGCUUCUUGGGAUGGAUGACAACACCUCUUCUGCAGAUGUGGAAGACCCAGAACCAACCAGCAAGUGGUUCCCAUAUCCAACUAAGAUGAUGUUUAUUCUCGAUACAAUCGACAACUUACCUUGCUUAAGAAUCUCAGACUCUUUAAUGAAAAUAAUUCUAUGGGGUAUGAAGGAGUGUGGGGCUAGCAAUGUCCUGUCCUUCAGUCUCCUUCGCAAAUCACAGGAGAAACUGAGGAAGCAUACUUCCGUCGCCACGAAGAUGUACAAAUCUAUUCUUGGCAAUAUCUUCUGGAUGAACAGUCCUGUCGACAUUAUUGCAAAGGAUUUUUCAAACCCACUGGUGCGGCCACACUUACAUCUUUAUCCUGAGGAGCCACCUGAUGGCAAGAUAACCAAGGUCUGGCAUUGUGAGAAGUGGCAUAAAGGCAUUCCCCCAGAAUAUCUCACACCAAUGUAUGAUGCAGGAUCAAAGCAUUUUUACGUUGAUGAAUUUUGCAGAACACAGGACAGUGACCUUGUUGUUCCCAAACGAUGGGAUAAAUUGGUUAUCAUCGACUCACAUGUUGAGAAGAUCCAAGCAAGUGACUUGAUUGACAACCUCCCUGAUCUUGUCAACCUUGCCCUCAACCUAUCAUGCGAACAAGAACAACACAUGCAAGGAGAUCCACUCUAUACCAUUUUGAUUGACAAGUGGCACAACGAUGUGUCUGGGAACAUAUCCAAAUCCUACAACCUCCACUAUAACACCUACAUUGCAGUUCGUAACCCCCCUCGCAAACUCUUGCAGCAGGAGUUCAAUGUCCACUUUGUGUGCUCAUCACCGAAUGCGGAACCAUCAGAGCAAGCAGCUGCAGUAAAGGAGGCAAACAAAGCAACUCACCUUAACCCAGUUCAAACAUAUGAUGCAAUGACUAGGAGCACCUGUCGUUUUCAAGUUCUACACCACACUGGCCCCUCUGAUAAUCCUAUGCAAUCUGAAGAAUGUGUACACAUUGGAGCAAAGGCAAGGGAAUCUGCUAUCACACUUGACGAACAACUUCGGCUUGCAAGCCUUGGUGUUGCCACUCGCUGGGCACAAGAACUUCGGAAUGAGUUCCCGAACAAAACAAGGGAGGAGAUUUCUAAUCGGCUGAUGAUGUGGGUGGGAGAGCGGAAAGGAGAGCUCUUGAACCCAUCAAUCUCGACACCUGCCUUACCCUUGCUCGACCCAGGAUAUGACCCUCAUCUGGAUACACCAAUAGAACUCUUGCACACCAUUUUAUUGGGCAUCAUCAAAUAUGUCUGGUAUUCAACUCACUCAACAUGGAAAGAUAACCAGAAACUUCUCUUUUCCCUUAGAUUGCAGGCUACAAACAUCUCAGUACGACCUGAUCAAGGCAGUUGGGGAACUGACUGCACUUCUUUGGGUGGUUCAAUUGGGGACAUCAAGCAGUAUGGGCUCAAGUUUUCAUUAUCACUCCAGGAGGACCUUGAUAUUUGUGUGGCCAACAUUCUGGAUCUCUUUGUGCUGAAUGUCUCUUCAAAAAUUACAACGAAAAUCAAAUUCCAUCUUCUGGCUCAUGCAAGAGCGCAUGUGAUUCGCUUUGGACCUCUCAUUGGAUCAUCUACUGAAAUUAUGGAGUGCUUCAACUCCAUUUUCCGAGCAUGCUCUAUCCUCUCAAACCAUCAAGCUCCAAGCCGUGACAUUGCAAUUCAGCUAGCAGGUUUAGAGAGUGCAAAACAAUGGCUGACAGGUGGAUGGUGGCAACAUGGAAAUGGGACAUGGGUACGUGCAAGCGGACAGGUGCAGGCUUACCUCUUAAGCCAUUUGAUCAUCAAGAAUCACUUGGGUUGGGCAGACCAUCACCCCAUCACUCCUGGUAUGAGCACUCUGUUCCGUUUUUACCUGCAUUCAUCUCUCUGA